AUGAGCUAUGCUAUAAUUAUGACAGCGUCAAAACUACCAUCCGAGAUUCUUUCACAGAUUGCUGACCUUCUAUUGACAGACGAUAAAAUUUCGAGUGCCAUUACUUGCAAGGCAUGGAGAUAUCCGUUUCAAGAUUCUCUCUGGAGAGAUAUACGUAUAAGUUCCAUGGAAUCCCUACAGCACAUCUACAACACCAUUAAAACCUCCAAAAAUACGCCCACUUUUCACGGUCUAUUAGUCCAUAGUCUACGGAUAUGUGGAGACUACCCGGUACCAAAUACCCAACAAGAUGAAUUGCUUAAAUUCCUGCCAAAUUUAAAGCACCUUGACCUAAGGCAUAUCAAAUACAAAGAUAUCAACAGAAUAAUGGCAGAAUCGAAUGAUACAUGGAAGUCCCUAGAGAGUCUAAUAAUUCAAGACAUUACAACUACAGAACCAGAAGUAGCUACAGACUUUAUUGAAUCUUUAAAGACAUGCCGCAUGCUCAGAAAUUUAGAGUUUUUUACGCUGAAACGAAAUGAUCCAAUCCUGUUUAAUAUGAAUCACUUUGAAAACCUGCAUCAAAACUUACAACUCCUGUCGUCCAUCAAAGCCCAUUUGGCUCUCAAUGAAGACAUUUCAUCUACACUAGGCACGAUUCCAGAUACAACACCAGUAUUAUCCUUGACCAGUCUCGAUAUAAAAUUGGGUCAAUGGGACCCUCUCUGGCUGUACUAUUUUAGCUACAAAUAUCCAAACUUGCAUUCAUUCAAAUUGGAUGUUUCGGAUAUGUUUCCAGGGUGGAUACAUUAUGAUCAGAUGCAAGUAAUUAUCUCACACUUCCAAUCCAACCCAAACGCGCUCCGGCACCUGGAAUCAUUCGAAUUCAUAACGAAGGCCAUUGCAGAGUGGACUCAUCUUGUUUUCUGGGAAUUCAUUUGUCCAUUAAGAGUUCCAGUCAAGAACCUAAAGUACAAAGCACAACGCAACAACGGUGAUGUACAGCUGUACGCGAUGACUUUAAAAAGAUUUCUGCAGUCCUUUUCGGAAACACUCGAGACUCUUUCCGUUGACGGAAGUGCAUUCUUUGAUAUAAAGCGAAGUCCGACACUUUAUCUCUCCUCUCACUCUCCGUUUUUGAAGGAUCUUCAUAUCGAGUCUUGUGGCGUGUCGCUCAAUCUAGACAGCGUAUUGAACAACUGUACAGCCUUGAAGCGCUUGAGGUAUUUCGGCGGGCAGUUAUUGAAUAAUUCCAACACGACAAAUCAAGAUACAGAAGAACGCCAAAAUCAUGGCUUACAGAUAUUGGAGCUGCGCCAGGUUGUUACAAGCGCUUCCGUACUUGGUAAUAUAUCUUACAGGUGUAGACGUCUACAAUAUAUGAACUUGAGCUCUUUGUCGAUCAGUGGAUUUAUCUCAGAAAUAUCCGGGCAUUUGCUCCUCGAUAUGCGCCACACUUUUUUCAAGGUGCUACAUCUCGCCCAAAUCAAAUACUACUCAUCUUACAAACACGAUGUAAAACCCGCUAUUAGUAUGACACUUUUGUCGCAAGUAAAUUAUCCCUCUCGAUCAGAUAAAAGGAACGAAGAAAAUUACGAAGAAGCCGAUUCGAAAUCUCCUAUAAUAUCCUAUCACAAAAUUGCUUGGUUUCACACUUUUCUUGACAUUGAAUGCAAAAAAUAUACCAGGAUAGGCAUCAUACAACUCUCCGAACAGGAAUCCAGUGCCGCAAUGGAAUACUAUCAAAACUUUAAAUCCAGAAAAGAUAGUAAUACAAUAGAAGAUGACCCUGAGAAAGGUUGGAAAGGUGAUCUUUGUAGAGGUUAUGGUGAAAUAAGAUGUGGUCAUGUAGAAAAGUAUACUAUUCCUGAACUUUCAACAAAUGACAAAGACUUUUGGGAAAACCUGUACAAUAAACUAUUUUAA